AUGUCGUCUGCCAGCCCACGGAUCAAAAACAAACCAGAUACAGGACCCCCAGACAAGACAUCGGUAGAAACUCCAAGCGGUGAUCUGGAUAUCCCUGAAUUGGUGCCAGUAGAUUCUACACCACCAGUUCCAAAAGAAGAAACUGCUGAAUCCAUGAUGUUGAGCCAACCAGCGUUACAAUCCCUCGUUGCACUGGAACUUGCUUCCGAGGAACCCAACGUGCCAACUGCAACGCCAAUAAAUCUGGUCAUCGAUCAACAAGACUCUCCUAUCAUGGGACAAUUGGAAGCAUAUUCAGAAGAUGUCGUGAAGGUUAAACUAAUGGACUCCCCAAAAUUUCCUAACAGAGAAGAAGAUACACAUAUCGAAAAUCCGGUGGAUUCGCCAAUCGUUUUACAAGAACCUAUAGAUCUGAUGAAGUAUGAUGCUGUUAAACCAGAACCGGAAGAAGCUUCUAUAAACGAACUGAUUGACACGCUGAUCACCCUGGUAGAAUGUAAUAUUGCGAAGCAAGAUGGAACUACUACAAACCAACCGGUCGAGGAACCCAGAGAACAGAUGGCAGCUGAAGACGGCGAAGCUGAGAAUACGAUGUCAAACCUACCUGUUGUAAAACCCAUGGAACUCAAAAAAUCUCAAGCCGUGAAAACGUCCAAAAGCCAACAUUCUAUCAAGUCUGCUGACUUAUUGAAGGAGACAUCACAAGCUGAAAUCGAGAAACAGGAUAUGAAGAAAAAAGAGCGUGGUCCAAAUCUCCCCUCUUCUCACCAUGGAGAAUCUUCAGCCAACAAACCAGUUUUGCCACAUUUGGAGGCAAAUCAUAAUAAACUCAGCCAGAAUUCGCCUACCAAAUUGGCAGGAUUGCCUUUCAUUGUCAAAGAAGAAUUGCUUUUGAAACCAAAAAAAGUUGGUGCAAAACACCCAAUUGUUAAACCCAUGAAACCCGUAGUCCUUGCUACAAAAAUAACUGAUUAUGUUUCAAACAAACUGUUGCUCAACCAACAAGUUUCAUCAAAUUUGGAUAAGAAAAAAUGCGAUUUCAGUCAACACCAAUCAACAAAGCGAAAGGCAUUGCCACCAAGCCCAGAACCUCCUAAACCUCUGAAACGGAAGAAACUUGGAGAGAAUCAAUCUUCUGGAAACGAAGAAGUUGUGAAGAAGGCGACACGUGUCUUGACACCAGUUCUGGGAGAAACGUCACAGAACGCCGAUAAUGAUAGUCUCCAAUCAAAUGCCAACCACGCGAAAGCCAAGAAAAGUACAAAGAAGUUAGCAACUAUCAAUCACGAGCUUUAUGACGAAGAUGCAACUAAAUUCAAUAACGCACCGGUUUAUCCCCCGGGAUUGAUCAUCAGAACGACUGGUUCCAAUUCGAAGGCGGCAGGAGAUUCAUCCAAAGAUCUUCAAGCAGCUCAAAAUCAAGCAAAAACACCUGUUGGUCAGAAAGUGGAGCCAUCCAACACAAUUGUGACGCCUCCACCACCUCCGCCGCGAAAAAUAACUCCCAGUAAGAAGCAGCGUGAAGAGUUGAUAAAACAUUUAGAAAAUACAUCCAUGGACAAACGUCUUUUUUGGUCAUUAGUGCAUGUUUACGGGAAGAAGAUGGUCAAGAAGCUCAAUCUCAAAGCCCGCGAAGUAUGGUUUGAUUUCUUUGCGACAACUGAGUACAAUGCGACAGAUAACUGCGAAGGUAGAAUGCAACUCACUCUCCCCGAUGGUUCUAUACAGUAUCUUGGUAAAAUCACAUGGAGGCGUCGACCACAGGAUGAGUCUCUGCAGCAGCACACAUUGCCAGAGUUUACCUCUAGUUGCGCAUUAGCACGGGAUGAAAGAGGAAUCCCUAUCUACAUUGUGGAACUUGCAAAUUUUGUACAAUUCGUCGAGGAAAUGAAUAAUCACAUCCGUGAUUUGUUCUCUCUCAACAAAAACGCAUCGAUUCGUAUUGGCCCUCAAUUCUUUAGACGUAUUCCUUUGAAAGACAUUCGUGACAAGAUGGAGAUUGUCAUCGGUUACAGGAUUAGAACAGGCGUACUGGAGAGAUGUUUCGAAGGUCAAAACUAUAUUGAUGCUCUUUCAGUUCGAUUAGACAGAUACUCUGUGUACCCCUGCCCACAAAUGUGUAAAGUUCGCAAUCUCAUUGUCUAUAAUGCCGGAGACAUUGAACCCUAUCUCCAGCGUUUCGAAGGAGAAAACCUUUUUCUCACGGAGGUAUACGUGAAGGCGUAUAAUAUUCUUUGGUUCCUACAACGUUGGCAAAAAGGAGAAAUGAAAAAUCUCAAAUCGCUGAUUGUGACGAUUUGGAGUGGAUACUCAAAAGAAGAAGAAGAAACACUCCAUUUGAAUGAGGACUGGGUUUUAUUCAAUAUUCCGCAUCAAGCAUGGGACAGUGAAUUCAGACCAAGAAAUUUCAAUAACUACACAGUGAUUGAGGAAUACACUACUUUGCCAGAAAACUUCAUGGAUAUGAAGAAUGCUUACGAUAUCAGACGUGAAACGGACAGAGCUGUUGCGAGCAUCAAAUUUGAAAAGAAAUCAUUAGUCUUUUGCGUCUGGUCGCCCAGGGAUCUUUUUUCGGAUUCCAGCUCUAUCUAA